AUGAGAUUCCUCUCCUUGUUCAACAAAUCUUCAUCUCUACUUCUCCACCACCAUUGUGGCCACAACAGAGUGCUCUUGAACGUAGCUUCCAGAAACAUGGUUGGAUCAUCGUUUCACUCCAACCUGUGCGUACGCAACAAUGAUGUAAAUAAUAACAAUUCCAAGGACAAGCCAGCCACUACCCCCGAAAAGAAGGAAGAAGAGAAAAAGAAGAUUAAUUUUAGCUUUGAUAUGGUUGAAGGAGAAGACAAUUUGAAAAGAGAUGACUGGUACAUGAAUGAGAAGGAGGCUGCUAAGAAUUUUGAAGAGGAGGAAAACUUUAGAACCAACAGAUCUUUCAUCUCUCCCACUAGCUAA